CUGGAUAUUAACCUUCGUAUAAAAUUGAUAAUUUUUAUUUUUUAAAGUUUUUUUUAUUUUAUUAUCAAAUAAUUUAUACAUUGAAUUUCAAUGAACUUUUGUUUAGGCUAUAGUUGCGCCUAAAAUAUAUUUUGUUUAAUUGAUAAUUAGUUAUAUAAACCCAGUUUUGAGGCAUACUUUUGACACUUUAAGAGUUGACACAAAAUGCUGACAAUAAUCACCAAAACAUUACAAUUGCAACAAAAAAGUUGUUUAAAUUUGUGUAAAGUCUCCGCAAAUGUCUGGACUCAACACAACGGCUCCAGGAGUUUGUCCACUACUCCGGAGGCAAAGCCAAAUGAAUACAAAUACAGUCUCAACGGUAACGGGAAGUUGACAUCAGAUCAGCAAAAGUUCUACGAAGAGAACGGCUUUAUUGUCGUCAAGAAUCUGAUCCCAAAGCAUGACAUCCAGAAGUAUCUGCAGCGCUUCAACGACAUCGCCAACCGUCGCGUACCGACCCCUCCCGGCCUAACCGUCCAGAAGGAGGUAAAGGUGGCCAAAGAGGACCAAAACGAGAACACAGUUUACAAACUACAGGACCUGUUCUUCGACGAAGUGAUGUUCGAGUACUGCAAACACCCGAAUGUCUUGCCAUAUGUGGAGGCCUUCUGCGGACCCAAUCUGAUGGCCAUUCACACGAUGCUAAUCAACAAACCGCCCGAUUCUGGCACCAAAUCCUCGCG